CGCCGGUCGGUGACGUGCUCGGAGCGCGCCGAUGCUAACAGCUCUCGUGUUUACAAUUAUAUUUGUAUUAUUUUUUAAAGAAAAUGUCUCUAAAUUAACGUUAACUGUGGAAACGGGAGUAGGAAGACCCUUUGUGCGAGACGAGUGUUUUUCAGGGACGUUACCAUGGCAACCGCCACUAAAACCCCCCCAGGUGCAGACCCCAAGCAGCUGGAGCGCACAGGGACCGUCCGAGAGAUCGGAUCACAGGCCGUGUGGUCGCUGUCCUCGUGCAAGCCAGGGUUUGGAGUCGACCAGUUGAGAGAUGAUAAUCUGGAGACGUACUGGCAGUCUGACGGCUCUCAGCCACAUCUAGUGAACAUUCAGUUCAGGAGAAAAACCACUGUGAAAAUGCUGUGUAUUUAUGCCGAUUAUAAAUCGGAUGAGAGCUACACUCCCAGCAAGAUCUCGGUCAGAGUGGGAAACAACUUCCACAACUUGCAGGAGAUCCGGCAGCUGGAGAUGGUGGAGCCGAGCGGUUGGAUUCACAUCCCUCUGUUGGAUCUGGUGAACAAUCCCAUCAGGACCUUCAUGAUCCAGAUCGCCGUGUUGGCCAACCACCAGAACGGACGGGACACGCACAUGCGGCAGAUCAAAGUCUACACGCCCGUGGAGGAGAGCUCCAUCGGCAAAUUCCCACGAUGCACCACUGUAGACUUCAUGAUGUACCGCAGCAUCAGAUGACCAGAGCUUCUGCUCGAAUGGAUGGAUUUAGAUGCAUGCUCUGCCUUCCCAUAAGACUCUGUUCUAGAAUUAAAUGGUUUCAGAUGGUUUAAAAUGUGUUUUGUAAAGAAAACAGUUCAAAGUUAAUUUGAUGUAAAUGCAAAUCUACAGGAAAUAAAUGUUAUUGUUUUUUUAAAUAAAGAAAACCUGUCCUGUA